AUGUCUGGGUCUAAUUAUGGUAGUCAGUCAGUCACUAUAAAGACAGAACCAGGAGACAGUUUUCAAGAGGACAGUUAUAAUGAUGCACCUGUGUUAAAUGAUAAAGAAGAUUACUUACCUGAUUUUUCUAACCGAGAUCCCAGAAAGGCACAUUCAAAGAUUGAAUCCAUGAAGGGUGACGGAAAAUAUCCUGACUGUAAUUUUACAGAAAUUGGAGAGAAGUUGAAGACACUUAAGAGGAGUGAUUCUAAGGAAGAUCCUGGGUGUAGUUCUGACUUCAAGUUAACAGAUUUUUUCAAGGUUGAACACGUGGAAAUGGGUGAUUCAUAUGAAAUGAGUUAUCAUUCAUCUGAGUAUGAUAGUUCAUAUUCAAGAGAAACCUCCAACUUGGAAGAUUCUGAAGACAGAAAGCCUUCACAAAAAGAAUUAGAAAUGAUAUCUGAAGGUUUACAAUUAAAACAACCUACAAAUAAUAAUGAACAUAUGACAGUGGUUACUAGUGUCGGAGAUGACCUUGAUGUGGGUAAAAUGAAACCCAUUUUGAGAUUCAGUGAUGGGAAUUUAUAUACACCUCAAGUAAUAAUUCCUCAAUUGUCUAUGGCACAGUUAUUCAACUUCUCUGGCUGUAGAUAUGUAAAUCCAUCAUUAAUGAAGAAAAUGAACAAUGGAAUGAAGUUUAUAGAAUCUGAGAUUAUGAAACCAGUCUUUAAUGAUAAUGGGGUCAUUACUAGUUAUCAGUGUGUGCAAUGUUCUAAAAAUUUUAACAAAAGGCAAACUUUGCGACAGCAUUUCAUAACUCACACUGACAGGUUUGCUUGUCCCUACUGUGUGGCACGCUGCAAAAGUAAAGGAGAUCUCCAAAGACACAUACAGACACAUACAAAAGAGAAGCCUGUUCAUUGUAAAGUUUGCAAUACUAACUAUGCCAGGCCAAGCAUUUUAAAGAGACACAUGAGAACCCAACGGCACCGGCGGUCACUGCUUGAAAGUAAAAACGUGGAAAGUAUGAAGAUUAUAAGAAAGAAACAAAAGCGUCUGGACUCUUUAGUCACAAGCCAGGCAGGAAUUCGACAACCCUUAUCCUGCAUGCAGUGUCAGAAGGUUUUCCUUUCAGUACUUGAAUACCGAAAACAUAUCAGGUCUCAUACUUUGAAAUUCAUCUGUGAUAUCUGCCAGAAAGGUUGUAAAAGUUUACCGUUGUUGAAACUGCAUAAAAGAUCACAUAGUAAAUCUUCCAGUUUGGUUUGUAAAGUUUGUUUCAGAUCUUUUGCCAGCUUUCAUUGUUUGAAAGAGCACACACAGUCACAUACAUCAGGUGGUUUAAACAGAGCUGGGAAGGACCGUUCCUUAAAUUCAUCAGUUGGUCAGAAAAAGAUUUUCCCAGGAACCGAGGAUUUGUUGCAACAGGUGGUAAAACUGAAAUCAGCUAAAGGUGAAGAAGUAUCAGAGGACAUCAAGGAACUGAAAUGUAAAGACUGUCACAGAAGAUUCAACAGCAGCAGGCACUUGAUAAGCCACAGAUGCAUGUCUGCAGACUCAUACAUAUGUGGUGUAUGCAACAGGACUUUCUCCAGCAUCUGCAAACUGAAAAUUCACCUGAAGAUUCACAGCAGGAUAAUAAAAUGUGAUAUCUGUGAUAUACUUUUUUGUGAAGAGACUGAACUUGAGGAACACAAUCAGGAGGAGCAUAGUUCUACUGCAUACCCAGAGGAGGAGGUAGACGAGUUUGUGUGCACACUCUGCUAUGAGAGCUUCGAGAAUGCAUCUGGUUUACAGGACCACAUGAAAGAUCAUGUCCCAACUAUGCUGUUUAGUGGCAAGUCAUUGGGUGAGGAUAAAACUGAGCUGAUGCUGAAAAAAGCUGGAAGAACCAACUCGUCUUCUGUACUUAAUGUGGAGGGUAAAGUUGAGGUUGUAAGUGAUAGCGGAGAUGAAAGGGUCUCUAAGUGGGCUGAAAAGAGGGAGGUCACUAAACAUAGUGGGUCUGACGAUGAGAGUAUUCUGGAUAGUAAUGACUUUUAUGAAAUAGUCAACUUAGCUCUUGCUGGGAGUGAUCACGAAGAUAAUGAAGAUUGUGGGAGUGAUCACGAAGAUAAUGAAGAGGGUGGGAGUGAUGUCAGUGACACCAGUUUAUCUGAUACAGAUGAAAUGUACUCAGGAAUCAAGACAGCAUUAGAGAAUGAUGUUUUGGACUCGGACGAAUCAGAUCUGAAUGAGUUGGAAGAACUGAAUGUUUUCAGAAAACCUUUACUGUACAAUCUUAAAGACAUUAUGAACACACACCAUGCAGAAUUUGAGAGGUAUUCAGAAAGAGAUGCAACAAGUCAUAUCUUUAAGUGCACACUUUGUUGUACAGUGUUUAACACAGAUAAAUGUUUGAACACCCACCUGAAAAAACAUCAUGUUUGUGAGUUCUGCAAUGUUUUCUUUAAUGAUACAGAAAUAUUAGCAACACACAAGUUCCACCAUGAAAAGCAGCUUUUGAGUCAGAUUAAAGCUGAAACAAACAGGUUAUGUCUGUCAAAGAAAUGGAACCGUUUUAACAGAAAACAGUUUUCUAAAAGGAAGUCGGAAAUCAAAAGGAUAAAUGGCGGGAAAAUCAAAAGCAAGCAGUCACAAGCAGACAUUGAUGCCAUCUUUUUGGUGCCCCUGUCACACAGUGAGAUGCUCAACGCAAACAGGCAUAAUUUUGAAAAUUUCUCUUGUUCGGAUUCAGUCACAAAUAUUUGUAAAAUUUGUUGGAAAGAAUACGCCAGAGCCACCACCCUAACCAGACAUAUGAAGACACAUGUUUGCGAGUUUUGUGGUAAGUUCUUUGAGGAUAAAUUCGACCUCUCUGAGCACAGGUAUAGUCACCGUAACCAGGCGGCCCUAAUAAGGGCAGAAAUGACAGGAAAAGACACCACACUGCCUCCCUGCCCAGUUGUUUCCAAACCAAACAGAGUCAAGUUCAAUAAAUAUUCUUUUAUUGAUGUAUCCAGGAAUAUUUAUCAGUGCACGUUGUGUCAGAAAAAUUUUGUGCGCAGGACGGUGUUGAAUCGUCACCUGAAAACUCAUAUUUGUCUUCGGUGUGAUGAGUUUUAUAAAGACAAGACCGAGCUGGCUAAGCAUUAUUCACAUCACACCAGUGGGGAGCAUGGUCCAGUAGAAGUCACAGUUUCCAGUAUUGGUAUGGAGGAGAAGUUACCUGUUUCCAGUAGUGGUACAGAGAAAAAGUUACCUGCUUCCAGUAAUGGUAUGAAGGUAAAGUUACCUGUUUCCAGUAGUGGUACAGAGAAAAAGUCACAUGUUUCUAGUAUUGGUAUGGAGGGAAAGUCGCAUGUUUCUAGUAUUGGUAUGGAGGAAAAAUUACCUGUUUCCAGUAGUGGUACAGAGCAAAAGUUACCAGCUUUGAGUAUUGGUAUGAAGGUAAAGUUACAUGUUUCCAGUAGUGCUACAGAGAGAAAGUUACCUCCUUCUAGUAAUGGUAUGGAAGAAAAGUCACCUGCUUCCAGUAAUGGAAUGAAGGUAAAGUUACCUGUUUCCAGUAGUGGUACAGAGAAAAAGUUACCAGCUUUGAGUAAUGGUAUGAAGGCCUUUUCCUGUACUGACUGUGGCAAGUCAUUUGGCCGGAUGGCCAUUUUGCAGAAUCAUUUGAGAACCCACAGAAAAGCAUGCCGGGUCUGUGGUUGCACUUUCGACUUUAAGUAUGAAUUAGACCUGCACAUGGCGGAACAUAGAACUACAUUUCUGUCAUAG